GAAGAGACUUAUCCUGUGGGGUCCGCAAAAUGUCUGGAAAACCAGUUUGUGUGGGUGAUUUUGAACAAUAUGCCAAGAGAGUUCUUCCAAAAGCAGUGUACGACUAUUACCGGUCAGGAGCAGACAAUCAACAGACAUUAGCAGAUAAUGUAGCAGCAUUUUCAAGAUUGAGGCUGUACCCACGGAUGCUCAGGGAUGUGUCUGUCAUGGACCUGUCAACCACUGUCUUAGGGCAAAAAAUCAGCAUGCCAAUAUGUGUUGGAGCAACUGCCAUGCAGCGCAUGGCUCACGUGGAUGGAGAAGCAGCUACCGCCAGAGCUUGCAGGUCACUUGGGACAGGGAUGAUGCUCAGCUCCUGGGCCACCUCCACCAUCGAAGAAGUUGCCCAGGCGGCUCCUGAUGGCCUUCACUGGCUGCAGCUUUAUAUCUACAAGGACCGGGAGGUCACCAGGUCGCUUGUGCAGCGUGCUGAGAGAGCAGGUUACAAAGGAAUCUUUGUGACGGUGGAUACGCCGCUCCUUGGCAAGCGCUUUGACGACGUACGCAACAAAUUCCAGCUCCCCCCGCACCUCAGAAUGAAAAAUUUCAACACCAACGAUUUGGCAUUUGCCUCCGAGAAAGGCUACGGUGAAAAUAGCGGACUGGCUGUUUAUGUAGCCCAAGCAAUUGAUCCGUCCAUCAAGUGGGAGGAUAUUACAUGGCUCAGAGGACUGACAUCUCUGCCGAUAGUCACUAAAGGAAUUCUCCGAGCUGAUGAUGCUAGAGAAGCUGUGAAGCAUGGUGUAAAUGGGAUCCUGGUGUCAAACCAUGGUGCGCGCCAACUGGAUGGUGUGCCAGCAACUAUUGAUGUCUUGCCGGAAAUUGUUGAGGCUGUGGAAGGGAAGGUGGAGGUGUUCCUGGAUGGUGGAGUGAGAAAAGGCACAGAUGUUCUCAAGGCAUUAGCUCUUGGUGCCAAGGCAGUGUUCAUUGGAAGACCUAUCAUCUGGGGGUUGGUUUAUCAGGGUGACGAAGGAGCAAAAGAAGUUCUCCAGAUGCUGAAGGAAGAAUUCCAGCUAGCAAUGGCACUUUCUGGAUGCCAGAGCGUGAAAGGGAUUGACACGACAUUGGUACGAAGAACUUCCUCUGCUGUUUCCAAGAUUUAGCACAAAAAAGGUGUGGCUCUGGAUAAAGCCACCCUAUUCACUGUGGCCAGAUUGUUCUGUUUGUGCCUAAUCAUGAAACCCUUACUUAGGAGAGUAGCCUUAUUGGUUUAUAAAGGGCUACUUCUGAAAGACGUACAUGGACCAGGUUUUCCUAAGUGCUCAGCACCCAGCACUAGCUCCUUAAAAGGAGCUGUGCACUUUUGAGAAUCUGGUCCCUGGUGCGAAUAAGGAUGGAAAGAGUGGGCCCUAAUUCUCUCCCGGUGCACACAAUUGUAGUUGUUGUCCAGCUAAGCAGAAACUGCUGAUUUUUCAAUACAUGUACAGAUGUGAAGAACUUUUCUCAGAUGUUAAUAUGCAUGUCUGGAAGUAGCUUAGCUGUUAAAAUUAAACUAUAAACAGAAAUGUUUCGAUAGCAAACAACUACCAAAAUAUCAAAGUUUAAAGGAUACCUCUUGUUCGCUGUUUAUAGAAGCUACACUUCAGAUUGUCCGGAUUAAAUAUUCUUUUCGUAUCAACAUGGCAUCGUUUCCCCUAGCAACUACAUUACUGUGUAAACAGCGUAGGCUGGGAGCUGGGUAAGUAUCUUGGAGGCUUUUGAGAUGCAAGGGAUUGUACAGCCAAUCCAGAGUUUGGAGGUUUACAGUCUUAACUGACAUGAAUCUCUUUGCACUUAAAUUAUAAUAACAUAUGAAUACUGACCAUAAGCCAGAUCCUCAGCUGGUAUAAAUCCAUGUAGCCCUAGUGACUUGAACAGAACUAUGCUGACUGACACCAGCUGGAGCUCUGCUAUAUUUUUACUUUAAAAAAAAUUAAGAUUGGUUUAGAGGAUUUCUUGAACAAAUUCACUUCCCUGAAGUAUAAAUACUAAAUAAUAAUAAUGAUGCAGUAAGUGCUGAGUAUGACACCUUAUAUUGUCAGCCCCAUACAUCUUAAAGCAUUUCACACAAGGAAGAUAUCUAUCCAUUAUUCUCCAGAUAGGGAAACUGAGGUGCAGAAAGAUUAUAGGUAAACUGCUAAGAAAGUAAAAUUGAGUGUGUCCUCUUAUUUCCAUUGAUGAUGUAUAAAGAAGGCCUGGAUGUGUGUUUCUGGUUUUUUGGAUUGAUAUUUAAUUUAGGAAUAUUAGAGCUGACAAGUAUUCAUUUUGCUGGAAGUCCUCAAAGUGGUGUACUGGGAAUUUUUACACCUCAGAGAAAGUAGUAGGAGAGUGCUUAGAUAAUAUGCCAACUCUCCAGCCUAGUAGCCAUAUAUUGGCAGAUAUUUCACAUAGGCAUAUAAGUGGUACUCUGCAGCCAUUGGGCCAAAUCACGUUCCAUUUACCCAAGUCCCAUUAAACUCAAUGUGGCUCCUUGCGCGAGUAAGGAGAGCAGGAUUUGACUCAUCAAGGACUUUAUCUAAAACCCAUUGAAGUCAAUGGAAAGACUCGUGUUGACUUUAAUGGCCUUUGGAUUGGGCCUCCAAGAGGCUAAUUCUUCCAACCCUUGCUUACAUAAGUAGUCCUUUUUGACUAGUCCCAUUGUUCACGUGAGGGCCGUAGCGAUUUAUGGCUUGACCUUCCAAAGCUUUACAUAUGUGAGUAUUUGAAUAAAAUAAGAACUACUUGUGUACUUGAAGGAUUGAUAGCCCUUAGAUCUAACACUGUCUGAGGCAGGUCCAUAAGUAUUAUUGAUGCUAUUUGGUAUGACGAAACUAAGACAAGGGACUUGGUCCUGUAUGCCUUGAGCAAAUUAAAAUUCUCAGUAGAAGGGAAUGGGAAUUUUGCCAGGGUACAAAAUAUAGGAAUGGGCACAGCAGUGUUAAGUGACCUCCCCGAAUCCAUAAAGGCAGUUGUGUUCAGAAUCUAGUAGUCUCCCUCAGCCUAAACCCAAGAUUGCUCUUGAUAUCUCACCUCUCAAGUGAACACAAAAUACUAGGACUAGAGUUUUCUAAAGCGAUCGCUGUUGGCCUAACUCUACUCCUUUGAAGUCAAUGGUACUGUCAGUGGGAGCGAAGGUAAAUCAGUGCAGAAUGCUUUGGAAAAGUCUGCCCUAGAAAUCUAGCAAUAAGUUUUUUUUUUAAACAGAAAGUAGGGCUCUAUCCCAUUGUUCUGCAUUUGUUUGAAGUCCCAGGGCAUUUUGCCAUUGAUAUAAAUGGGUGUAGGCUCAGACCCAUAGUCAUUUAUCUCCCAUCAACCUCAUAGGAGUGGUGCAUCUUCACCCCACGUAUCCUCCUACCCCAACUUCCCUUAUGCACUAUUUGAAAUACCUCGCAUUGAGCUUUACUCAUUGAAUCAUUUUUUGCCAAAAGUUUGAAUUUGCAAAAGGUUUUAGAAUAAAAUGAUGGAAUAUUACAGCAUGAACGUAAAUUGGGAUUUGAACUCAAAGGGUGGGGGAGGGGGGA